UUUACCGUGCCGCUCGGACGUGUGUUGCGAUCGAACUCCGUGUGCGUGUGACGGAUCCGGAUUGAGUGUUGAGGAAGUUCUUUAGUGAGGAAGAGCAUUGGCAGAAGCCCAUCCAAGAAAAUUUUAAGGGGUGCUUAUACACAGAGUGUGAACGAAGCCUAACAAAAGAAGGGAAGCAAUCUUCGAGGCGGAAUCAAAACGGGGAAAAGAAGCACACGAAAUUCUUGCCGAAAAGGGAAAACCGAGGAAGUGAGAUAUUUGGUGGAGUGUUGAACUUUGAAGAAGAAGGAAGGUGAACAUUACUCCGAGGAGGAGGAGAAACGGGAGGCUCACAACAAUCAUGUGUAGCGAAGAGGAGAAAAAUCAAUCGCAGUUGUGUUGAAGGGAAGCCGAACACACGUUAAUGCACGCGCAAAUCAUGCUCUGGACUGGCGGUGAAGCCCGAGCAGCAGCUGAACGAAACAGAUGAAGAAUAGUGGGAAAGAUGAUGGCCGGAAGUUGGUAAUUAUCGUGCCCGCGCGCUGAAUUGAGAUUUCAAAAGCCAAUUUCGGAACGGAAGCUGGGCGAGAAGUUGAGUGCUCGUCCGUUCCCAAAAAACCGAUCACCGACCAGGUGAAGCAAAGUGGUGGGUUGCAACCAAAAACCGCAAGGAUUUGUGCAACCGAUGGAUUGAUGUAAACAUUGGGGACCGUGUGAAAGUGAAGACCCAAGAGGAAAGCCGAAGUGGGUGCUGGAAGCAGCGAAUCGUAGCCGAGAAAAAAAAGGAUUAUGAAAUAUUCAAUUUCCGACUAAGAGGCUUUUCGUGUGCGUUUCACGGUGCUGACCGAUUGUUCUGGCCGCACGAACGCGCACGCACACAUUGGCCACUAAACGACCGCGCCAGGACCAGGAUCCCGCAUCGAAAACCGUAUUACGUAAUAAAUUUUCGUAUAAAGCACACACAUAACAAGGAUUAAAUUGGAUUUAUUACCAGUGAAUGAAAAAUAGAUUUAUGCAUAAAAUUGAUUUUUUAUGAUUUUCUCCACCACCAACGAGUCUGCCAUUGUGCCCUAGUGUGCUUGUGUUUGUGUGUGGAAGUGUACACUACGAACGAAGGUCCCGUAACCAGUAAUGUGAUCAUCAUAAUUCCAUUUUAAUAUUUUCGUGCGGCCAACCUCUCACGACGAUUUCGGGCAAGGUGUUCACGGUGAAGGGAAAAUAGUUCCGUGGAAAAUCAAUUUGUGAACCGUCGUCCUCGGCGUCGACAAACAACGAGAAGACCGAACCAAGAAGAACGGGCAAAGCUAAUGAGGUGGAAAAGCGAAAAUCACUUUAGUGCUCAUUAAAAAAAGGUCCGGCCAGUGUGCACUACUAGCUGGCGGUGGGACAGCAAAAACAAGAAAGAGAAAAAAAAAGUGGAAUCUAUCUAAAAUGGUAUAUUAGUGCGGCAACGCUUUGCGCCAAAGGAAAACCACCCCCAGGAUUAAGUGUGAUUAAGGAGGUUGCGUUGCGAUAAACUGAAGCGUGGAGCGCCUGAGGAAAAGUUUUGGGUGACGAAGGAAGACCCAGUUUGCGUAGCAGCAGCAGCAGCACCAGCAGUGAUUAUGAUCGAACGUGCGUGUGUUUAUGUUUGUGCGGCACCCCACUUGGCACAUCGCUAAACCAGUCGACCAACCGGACGAUCAAAGGCGAAAAUUGUAUAAUCCCUCUGGUAAUAAGCUUAAUAAUUUGUAAUCCUCAACGUUGCCGAGCAGACCGUAGUAGCGACCGUUUGGGCGCAAUUAUCCAGCGCCGAAACUGAUAAUCUAGAUCUAAGGUCCGUCCCAAGCGCGCGCGCUGCAGAAGUAGAGGGAGAGCAACCGGUCUAAUCCAAAAAUCCCUCUUUAUUCGACGACGACGGGCACUCGCUAGAAACGGAAGGAAACUUCAGCAUCAUCAUCGCCACUGGCCCCCCUCUAAAGCAAACACACACACAUAAAUGAAAGCCUUUCCUCGGCAUCGUCCACAACUGCUGCGGAGUGUCUGAUAUGGUCCAUGCCUUCGUCCUGCACCGACAACAACAACCCAGUACCGAAACUCGCCCGAGAUUGAUGAUAGCAAAUUGUGUGCUGGCAUUUUUGGUCCGUUCUAGUGAGUGAAAAUACCCCACCCCGACCCCCAUCCCUUAGUGACAUUGAAGAAGCGCUGAUCAGACAUCUUCAUCAUUACCAUGACUGACGGCAGGCAUCGGCACGGCAGCAGCAGCAGGACUGCACCCGCACCCUCCAGCACCACCUCGCACAGUAGAAACGAAGGAAGUACGAUAUCGCAUCGAACGAGGUGGAGUUGGACGGCGGUGCUGCUGGCGAUUAUCCUAGCCGGGUGUAUCGUGCGGAGCGCCGAUGCGGAACGCAGCUGUCCAGCGUCCUGCCAGUGCAAGUGGAAGGGCGGCAAGCAGGCGGUCGAGUGCAUCGACAAACAGCUGAUAAUUAUACCCGAGCACAUUGACUACUCGACGCAGGUGCUGGACAUGUCCGGCAAUAAUCUGCAGAUACUGCCGCGGGAAACGUUCAUACGGACGAAUCUGCUGAACCUGCAGAAGCUGUAUCUGCGCAACUGCCGGCUCGGACAGAUUGACGACGGAGCGUUCGCCGGGCUGACGAACCUCGUUGAGCUGGACCUGUCGCUGAACCUGCUGACGGCGGUUCCGUCCGCAUCGUUUCUGCACAUCGCUUCGCUGCGUGAUCUGACGCUAGCGCGCAACCACAUCCAGAAGAUCGAAUCGCACGCCUUCCGGAACGUAUCGAGUCUGACCAAGCUGGACCUGUCGUACUGCGAGAUCCAAACGAUCGCCCCGCAAGCGUUCGAGGGGCUAACCUCGCUGCACUCGCUCAAACUCAACGGGAACCAGCUGUCCGAACUGCGGCCUAAAACGAUCGAGACGCUGAGCAAGCUGCACGGCGUGGAACUGCACGAGAAUCCGUGGGUGUGCGACUGUCGGUUACGGGCGACCAAGGUGUGGAUUACGGACAACAACAUCCCGUAUCCGAUAGCACCGAUUUGUGCGGGAGGCCCCGAGCGGAUCAUCGGCAAAACGUUCGCCGAACUGCACGUGGAUGAUUUCGCUUGCAAGCCGGAAAUGCUCCCGGUGCGGAGGUACAUCCAAGCUUACACCGGGGAGAAUGCAAGCAUCGAGUGCCGGACCAGUGCCGUUCCAUCGGCCAACGUUAACUGGUACUGGAACGGGAAGCUGCUGGCGAACAACUCACAGUUUAGUUCGUACCAGCGAGUAUACGUAUACGAGCAGGGCUUGUUCGAGAAGCGCAGCCGGCUGGUGCUAACGAACGCUCAGGAGACCGACUCGAACGAGUUUUACUGCGUGGUGGAGAACCGCGCCGGAACGGCCGAAGCUAAUUUUACCUUGCACGUCGUAAUGCGCGACAUCGGAUUCGCGAUCGAAAACAAGCAAAUCAUUGGCCUGAGUGCCGCACUAGUAAUACUGAUACUGUUCAUACUGCUCAUCAUCCUCUUCCUAUUGGUCCGACUGCGGCGGAUACCGAUGACGGAGACGAAAACGCCCGGCCAAGUGGAGGUGAUCACUUCUGUAAGUCCGUCUAGUAAUGUAAAUGGCAAGGUGAGCACACCCAUUAAUGAUGUCCAUUCUCCAGAUCGAAAAAACUCCGGCGAUCUAAAGUGCGCCAAUCCGGUGCAGAAACCGCCCCGGUUGACCGAUCUGCCCUACUCGACGUCCCAUUACGACGCCGGCGGAAGUCUGAUCGCGGCCGGCAACUGUUUUGUGUCGCCAACGCAUUCGUCCGCUGGGAACAACCCAGAUCUGAUCAACGACACGAAACGCCUCGGUAGCGUGAGCGAUCUGGCCGGAAACCAGCAGGGCGGCGGCACCCUGUCGGCCAACGUGGCCAGUGCCCUCAAUACGCUCUCGCUGAUGGAUCCCAUCGAGCGGCCGGGCAGUGGCGAGUACAGCCGCGCCGGCUGUGACUCGCUGUAUCCGUCCGGCCUGUGGGAAACGCACAGUUCGAACCUAACGUCGGCGCUGGAACAAACGACCGACAUGCUGCUGACGCGAACUCCCAGUGGCGGUGGCUACACCGCCUACUCGGACAAGGUCCCGAUUAUCGGUGCGCACAACAACAAUAUGAUGAACCUGGACGACGAAACGUCCUCCGUGGACUACUUGAGUCGAACCUUUCCGCGGACGCACUUCGGGGUGACCCCGGCCGGACCGGGAGCGGCCAGCAGUAGUAGCGGAGGUGGUGGCGGCGCCGUUGGUGGUGGCCCUACGCCCACCGGCGGUUAUCCGUCCGACUACGGGCUACCGAUCGUGCCCGGGGCGGAACAGCUGCACAACAAGCUCAACAGUAUACAGCCGGCACACCACGGCAGCACCGGAAGCAUGCCGAUGAACGCGAAAACCCUGCGGGUGUGGCAGAAGGGCGGCGUGCCGGUGCUGCCCCCAGUGACGGCCUUGAAACGUGCAUUAUCCAACAGUCGAAACUCCCCGGACGAGGGCUACCAGGAGGGAUGCGGUACUGAUGUGUAGUCAAUUGUUUAAAUUUUCCGUUUUUUCGUGUAUAGUUUUGUUAUAUUAUUUUUGCCGUGUACGAGUACGAAAUCGAGCGAAAGAGAGAAAUCGAGAGAGAGAGAGAGAGAGGUUAUGUUUAUUUUGUAUACAAAAAUAUAUACCACGGUUGUUUGAUUACUUUGUACAUUCCUGGUUAGAACGGAACGAAACAAAACUUGCUCCUUAUCGUGUUUUCGACUGAAGUUUAAAAAAGAAGUGGGAAAAAGUUUUGCCACGCAAACGAGAUGAAGAAACGUGAGAAAAAGAAAGUUUUGCACGACCGACGACGGCAGCAUCCCGGGUGCAAGUAGGAGAGGAGGAACCGCGAGGAGGUAAUCCUUUUUGAAAUGAAAAAGACUUGUAAUUAAAAAAAAAACUAAUAAAAUGGUAAUCAAUUAGGUGUACAGAUGGCAAAUAAGAAAACAAAAGAAAACUAGUUUAUAUAAUUAUAGCGAUGAAAUAAAUUAUAUAUACACAUUCAAUGAGGAAAAAGUAUAUAAAUGGUUAAAUUGAAACAAAAAAAUCGAAAAAAAAAACACAGAAAAAAACUAGGCUAGUUUUAUAUAUGAAAAAGCAAAACCCUGUAAAAAGUUAAAUUAAAUUAAAAACCAGAAAAAAAUCGGAGUAAAUAAAAAAACCAAAGACUAUGAGACGAGAAGUAAAAAUCCUUCAAAACUCUUUACGGCUGCAAGGAGUGGCAAAAUCGAGCAGAUGUAAAAACUAAAAAAAACUAAAGAGUAAAAAAAAAUCUGUGGAAAAACAAUGCUAGUACGGAGCAGCAAAACCUACAUACCUUAGUAAACGAUCUUUUAGGAAAGAAGAGAAAUAAAAAAACUGAGUAAAUGAAAAUCGAAAAAAAA